AUGGCGCGGAAGGCCGGGGGUCUCCGGAGGCACGCGGCGGCCCCGGCUCCCCCUCCCCGGACCCCAAGGGGGCGGUCGUACCCCCCGGCCCGCGCCCAGCAGGGGGCGCCCGAGCGACCGGGUGGGGCAGCGGCCACCGGCCACCAGGGGGCGCCCUCCGGCCCGUGCCAACGCCAUCAGGGGGCGGUCGUGCCCCCCGGCCCGCGCCCAGCAGGGCCAGCGGCCACCGGCCACCAGGGGGCGGGGGCGGACGUGCCACCCGGCCCGCACCCAGCAGGGGGCGCCCGAUUGACCCCGUUCCGCCCCACCGGUCAGCGGCCACCAGGGGGCGCCCUCCGGCCCGUGCCGCCGUCGCCACCAGGGGGCAGAUGUGUCCCCUGGCCCGGGCCCAGCAGGGGGCGCCCGAGCGACCCCGCCCGGCGGGGGGCAGCGGCCACCAGGGGGCGCCCUCCGGCCCGUGCCGCCGCCACCAGGGGGCAGACGUGUCUCCCGGCCCGGGCCCAGCAGUGGACGCCCGAGCGACCCCGCCCGGGAGCGGCCACCGGCCACCAGGGGGCGCCCUCCGGCCCUCCAGCCCGUGCCGCCGCCACCAGGGGCCGGACGUGCCCCCGGCCUGGGCCCAGUAGGGGGCGCCCGAGCGACCCCGCCCCCACCCCGCCCGGCGGGGGGGCAGCGGCCAACAGCCACCAGGGGGCGCCCUCCGGCGCGCAGGCCCGUGCCGCCGCCACCAGGGUGGAGGCCGCGGCCGGACCGAACCGGACCGGACCGGACCGGGGCAUCUGCCGGGGGGGGUCUGUCCGGGCCGGGCCGGGCCGGGCCCGCCCGACUGUCGGACACUCACCGGGCAGAGCAGAGCAGAGGAGGAGCCCGCCGGUCCUGCCGGUCCCGGCGCUGCGGAGGGUCCGGGCCUCCCACCGCUCCCCAAGCCGGGCCCCGGCUCCGAGGCCCCGCCCCCAGGCCCGGAACAGCCAAUCCGGGGCCGGGACGGGGACUGGCCCCGCCCCCUCAGGCGGGCAGAGCCAAUCCGGGGCCGGGCCGAGCACUGGCCCCGCCCCUAGGACGAAGACCCCCGCCCCCUGCCCCCGCAGGCCCCGCCCCCUCACGCUGGCAGAGCCAAUCCGGGGCCGGGCGGGGCCGGGCCAAGGGCUGGCCCCGCCCCCCGGAGCCCACGGGUCCCGCCCCCAGGACCCAGGCCCCUCCCCCUCAGGCGGGCAGAGCCAAUCCGGGGUCGGGAUGGUCCGGCCGCGGCCUGGCCCCGCCCCCAAGACGCAGACCCCGCCCCCUCACGCUGGCAGAGCCAAUCCGGGGCCGGGCGGGGCCGGGCCAAGGGCUGGCCCCGCCCCCCGGAGCCCACGGGUCCCGCCCCCAGGACCCAGGCCCCUCCCCAUCAGGCGGGCAGAGCCAAUCCGGGGUCGGGAUGGUCCGGCCGCGGCCUGGCCCCGCCCCCAAGACGCAGACCCCGCCCCCUCACGCUGGCAGAGCCAAUCCGGGUCCGGGCGGGGCCGGGCCAAGGGCUGGCCCCGCCCACCGGAGCCCACGGGUCCCGCCCCCAGGACCCAGGACCCUCCCCCUCAGGCGGGCAGAGCCAAUCCGGGGUCGGGAUGGUCCGGGCCGCGGCCUGGCCCCGCCCCCAAGACGCAGACCCCGCCCCCUCAGGCGGACAGAGCCAAUCAGGGAUCGGGACGGCUGGCAGAGCCAAUCCGGGGCCGGGAUGGUCCGGGCCGCGGGCUAGCACCGCCCACAGGCCCCGCCCCCAAUGCACAGGCCCCGCCCCCUCAGGCGGGAAGCGCCAAUCCGGGGCCGGGAUGGUCCGGGCCGCUGGCUGGCCCCGCCCACCGGGCCCCACGCGUCCCGCCCCUGACUCCCAGGCCCCGCCCCCUCAGGCGGGCAGAGCCAAUCCGGGGUCGGGCGGGCGGGCAGAGCCAAUCCGGGGUCGGGUUGGUCCGAGCCGCGGGCUGGCCCCGCCCACAGGAGCCCCCGGGCCCCGCCCCCCGGGCCCAGGGCCCGUCCCUGACCAUGGGCCCCGCCCCCUCAGGCGGGAAGCGCCAAUCCGGAGCCGGGAUGGAAGAGGCAUCUGGCCAGCUGGCCAUUCCUCUGCCCACCCUCAGCGGGAAACUGGUGGGUUUUUCCUCCUCAGGCGGCAUGGCUAAAGUUUCUGCCUGA